AUGCAAGUUGACCUUUCCCACAGAAACCUCAUCGACUUUGACUCCUCUGCCUUCUGCACAGAAGACGAGCGGGAAGCACUUCGCUCCAUUACCAGGCUAGACAUCUCCUUUAACAGCAUCUCCUCCCUCCAUGGCCUGCACUGGCUCUCCACUCUAACAGCGUUGGAUGUAUCACACAAUAGUGUUGCAUCUCUGCGUGGACUCCCGUUACCUCUGCGGCAGCUAAACGCCUCGUUUAACGUACUUAGUGACGUGGAAUGCCUGUCACCGCUUCUUCAGUUGGAGGUGCUGGUCAUAUCACACAAUCAGAUCACUGGUCUCAGAGGCAUACCGGCAACGGUGCGCAUACUUGACGCCUCUAGUAACCGACUCACGUCGCUCGCAGGUGUGGAGAGGUGCGCAGCCUUGGAGGAGCUGCAGGUUCGGCAAAACAUGAUUCAGAGGGCUGAAGGCCUCGAAGCCCUCAACUCACUUCACUUACUCAAGGCACUUACGAUAACAGGGAACCCUGUUACAUGUAGUCGACGACACAUUUCGGCGGUUUAUGCCAUGUUACCAGUCGGUUUGCAGGUUGUGGAUCUUCCAUCGACGUCAACGACGAUGCAUUCCUCUACAGUGUCAACUCCAAACAAUGUUGUGCGUGGUGGUAAUAGUGGUGAUAUAAGCCCCGCUGCAUCCCUCAACACCAAUACGGCGAAAGACACCAUAAAUAUCUCUGGUGUUUCAUCUGCUAGCACAGCGAAGACAAGUCAAGACGUCUCGAGCCAUGGGAGUCACGCGCAUCCCCCAGCAUCUUAUUGCCUUGUGUCACCGCAGAAAAACGGGGUAGAUAAGGAUGCAAAGCAAGAGCGUCAGAGCGGGAAUAUGACCCCAUGGCUUGCAGAGGGAAUCUCGAUGGCAGACCUCCACUGUUCCACCCUGCCCGAGAGUGUUCCCCUCCUCUCAGGCACUGCUGCUUCCAGCAGCGUGAGUGUUUCGAGAAACACAAGCAUCGUUAAUUCUUCCCGGCAAGUGGCUUCAACGGAAGUAGAUGUUUCUGUGCCUAGCAUUCGCGCCCAAAGGCUAACGCAGUCCGCGCUGGAGUGUCUACAGUCGGAGCUCGAUGAGUGCCGGAGAAUGUGCUCAUUUUACAAUAAGGAAAAUGCAGAGCUGCGUCUGAGUGUUCAGCAGCUGCGAUCCACAAAUGAGAGAUUGGUGCAAGCCAAUUCGACGCUGUUGGAGAGGAACAGGCAGUUGCAGCUUGCAUGCGCCUCAAAUCCUUCAUAUAGGCAAGAACUAGAUGUGUCUGGUUCCCCUGGUGAGAAGAAUGUUGUGGAUAACGGCCCAUCACGUCCUUCCUCAAUUCAACAACUGGUAAAGCUCUCCCAUGAUGAGAAUAAUGGAGUUGAAGUGCGAAACUCAGGGGGGAUUCAUUGUCAAGUGGAAGAUGCAUCAGGAGAAGCACCAUCGCUGGAGGAGAAGGCCGAAUUGCGCCGCGGGGCUCGUUCAUUGGCCGCACUGUUCAUGUCCCUCGUGCCAACAGCAGCAGCAACUCAGCCGUCAUCGGCUCGUAGUUUUUCUGCUGAUGUUAGUGGGCGUGAUCACAACAGAGACAGUGGUCGCCGCAUGAUGAGCUCUCCGUCCCGCGGAACUUAUACAAACAAUAGUCACUCCAACAGUAUCAGUGACUCGCAGCUCUCUAGUGCGAAUGGUGGAAGACGAAAACGUCGCACUGUCUCGUUUGGUGGGUUCGCGUAUUAUUCACCCCCGCAGUGA